AUGGUCUAUUCCAAGACCCCUCUCAAUCCCUCUGACGUCUUAUCUACCACCAUCUCCAACCACAAUGAGGCAUCUCAUCCAACAAACAUCUAUCUAGACCAGGUCUGCUCCAGCAGUCAUACCAACACCAAUGGAAACAACAUCUCCAGUAGCAACAGCCUGUUUAUUCGAAACUUGGUCAAAAACAACCUGUUUUCAACAAACAGCCACAGCAACAUCAGCAUCAAAUCGUCUUCAAACCACAACAUUCUAUUGCCCAAGUUGCCUGAAAAGCCUCUAAUUGAAAACUCAUCAUUCAAAGUAUAUCUUUUGCUCACUGAAGACAAGUUUUUUCUACAAAACAACAUCUCAUCAAACGCUUCCUCGGUUGUGACCCCAUCCUCGAGAAGAAGCUUGAGAAGACAAGCCAACAGACCAACUACUUCUGCUCCUACUCUAAUUAGCGAGACUUCUGAUAGCAAUGGGAGACCUUCUACGAGCUCAAAUAACAGUGCUACUACAAGUAAUAAUAACAAUAAUAGCUAUAACCAUUUUACUGGGAACGACUUGGAUAUCAACGAAGCCCCACCAUUACUACUAAGAGGCGUACUUUUGGUCAAGAUUUUAAAAAACAAUACAAAAUUAAAACACAUAAAUCUAAACUUGAAGGGUAUUGCAAGAACAAAUUGGCCAGAGGGCAUUCCUCCUAAAAAACAGAAUUUCUUUGAAUCUGAUACAAUUCUCAACCAUUCAUGGCCCUUCUUCAAUUCCUCUCAAAGGGAAUCCAUAAAUUACUCCAAAGGUGGUGCCAACCAUAUAAAUCUACAUAACUCAGAUUUAGAUUCUUUCACUUUGGAUUCCUCCAGAGACUUGAAAUCAACUAGAUCAAAGAUAUUCAACGAAUUAUCCAGCAUUAAAACAAGAUCCAGCUCCCCAUCUUCACGAUUAAACCUCUCUUCAAUCAGAUCCUACAGCUCAAACGACUUAGAACCCUACGUCUUCCAGCCUGGUGACUAUAUCUAUAAUUUUGAACACCCAAUUCCUCAAUCUACUCCAGAAUCAAUUGCCGUAACCUUUGGUUAUAUAAACUAUUUCUUAGAGGUCUCAAUCGAUAAGUUCUCAAAAUUUAAGCUGCCCAUUACCGCUAAGAAAAACAUCUUAUUAAUCAGAACUAAUUCUUCUCAAUCAAUUGAAGACAACCUUGAUCCUAUUCUAAUUAAUAAAUCAUGGGAAGAACAAUUAUUUUACUCGAUCUCAAUUCUUUCAAAUUUCUUGAUUUUAGACUCCUUUUUACCAAUUAAUAUUAAAUUAGUCCCAAAUGAGAAAACCCUCAAAGUUUAUAAAAUCAAAAUCUUCUUGGUUGAGAUCUUGGAAUACUGGUGCAAAAAGAAAAAAGUUCAUAGAUUAGAACCUCAAAAGAAAUACCUCUUAUUGGAACAUAAACCAAAAUCUGGAAAUAAUCUACUAAAAGAUGUUGACGGCGAUAUCUCUUUUGAUAAUAACUUGAUUAAUAGUAUAAAUAUUUCAGCAAACCCUUCUUUAAAAGCGAAUGGCAAAAAUACUUCAAUAUCAAAUGAAGCUCAUAACAAAUUCAAUUUUCCUCAUAAAUUACACUUGCCCAAAGAAAUUAAAGAAAACAAAGAAAAUAAAGAAAAUAAAGAAAACAAAGAAAACAAAGACAAAAAAGGAAAAGGAAAAGGAAAAGAAAAAUCAGAUGCCGAUAAUGAGGAUGAUGAUGAAUAUAUCUCUUCAAAGGAUUUUACUUAUCAACUAUAUGUUCCUGAAACUCCCAGUAAAACUGGCGCAAAAUUGCAUCCUGAUACUCAGUAUGUUAACAUUCAAUGCCAUCAUUGGAUUAAAAUUACAUUAAGAGUCUCUAAAAAAAUUGAGAAUACGGGCUCAUCUAAAGAUAAAAAAAAGGAAACGCCAAAUUCAAAUUCAAAUUCUACUCCAAAUUCUACUCCAAAUUCUACUUCAAAUUCCACUGAACACUCGUUUUUCAGUUCACACCAUAAUGAUUCUCUGAAUAAAUCCGAACCUAAAAUGGACAGAAAACACUAUGAAAUAUCAAUUGAUUGUCCAAUUCAUGUUCUUCAUCCAUUAUGUACUCAAGCGAAUACACUAUUACCUGCCUACGAUGGGCCACGAAUUUCCACAAUUAAUGAAUUUGACACAUUUAAUGAAUUUUAUGGGCCAAAUUUACCUUCAUAUUCAAAGGAAGAACCCAUUUUUCCUAGUGAAAUUCUAGUCAAUCCAACGGAUCCUCUGAAUCCAAAUAUUCCAGCCAUCAAUCUAGAAGAUUCGGCGAUUCCUCUUGUUGAAACCGUUAGUGAAGCUACUGGUGGAGCACACGAAACCAUACUAACCGAUGAUAACAUUAAAUCAACCGCCGAUAACCAUCACUGCAAUGAAUAUACUAGUUUAGGUAAAGAUUUUGGUGGUGAUGAGAUUACAUCUGAUAUGAUAGAGUCUAAUUUGUUUAAACCUUCUCAGAUUAAAUUAGAAAUGUAUUCUUCACAAGCACAGCCUUUAAACAAUCAUUCAAAUGCUUUUUCACCAGUAAUUAGACCUCUAAAUAAUUUAAACUCCCCUAAAUUUGCACCAUUAGAACCCACUUUAUCACCAAAUUUUAGAGCAAUGUCUCCAACAGUUCGAAUUCUUUCUCCUCGUCUACAAGCAAUGUCUCCAAAACUAUCAGCUUCAAGAUCUCCUAGUUUAAGAACAAUUUCUCUGCCAAUUUUAACAGGCUUAUUAUCUCCACGACUUGAAAGCUCUUCUGCAUCAUACUUUCAAAAAAAUGCACUAUCUCCAACUUUAGGGCCUUCAGCACUUGGUGAUUUUUCUCUUUCUUCCAACUUUAAACCUACUUCAAAUUUAAAUUCAAAUUCAAAUUCAAGUCCAAACUCAAACUCAAAUUCAAAUUUAAAUUCUUUUCAAAUUUUAAGAAAACCUUCAAUUAACCCCCCAUCUUUUGAUUUUGCAUUAAAAAAUUUAGAGGCAAACCAAAUGGUCAAAGGAUUUGAAAACUUACCGCCGCCACCGUCUUAUGAUCAAGUCCUUGAAGAAGAAAAGGAAAAAAAAAUAUUGAGAAAAACAAUAAAGACUGAAGAGGAAGAACGUGGAAGAGUACGUCGAAAUUUAAGAGCACCAAAAACUCAGCAUGGAUCACCUUUAUCACUUCGCAAACAAAGAAACUUAGAUUUAUCACCAUCAAGAUUAGAAUUAGAAUUGGAUGAUGAUGAAAAUGAUGUUGCUUCAAGUUUCAAAUUCAGAGGAGCAAGUCCACACCUACCUGAUAGCAUAAUCAGAGCAACUUCUCCUGACGUGAUGAAAGCUAGAAAGAGUUUUUCUCCCUCACCAUCAAGACUAAAUUUUGACCUUGAUAAUGAUGACCAAUUUUCUUACAAUGCUAAAAAGAAUCUAUCGAAUUCGAGUUCCUCUAUGUUUUUGGGUGUUAAUGGAAUGGAUACAAAUAACUCUUUUGAAUUUAGAAGGGGAUCUUUUGGUAGCAUCAAAAGAAUAUCAUCGGAAUUGAGAAGAGUGCAAGAUACAGAUACAAUUCAAAGAUCAUUGGAUGCUGAAGUAGAGGAAAAUUUUAGCAGAAAGAAAGAAUAUAAAGAUAAAGGUAAGAAGAGAGUUAGUUUUGAUGAUUCGAGAAAUAAAUCAUCAACCUUUGAUUUAGCGCUUCCUUCGACUAAAGUCAUCCCACCUACUCCAGAAAACCACUCGCUAUCACCAAAUGUUGAUUUCCUGAAAUCGCUGUUGGCGAUCUUUCCAGAAGAUGAUAUAAUUGCGUCAUCUUUAUCUUCUUUAUCUACUAAUCUUUCAAGAGAAAACUAUAUUGAGAAAAAGCCUUUAUUGGACGAGCUAUCUGAAGUUUCUACUUUAGCAUCAGGAGAUUUUCCACAUCUUGAUAAAGAGAGAUCAUUUGGUGAUUCAUUUAUCAGCCAAGCAGGAGAUAGCACAGAUAUCACUGCAAUGUAUAAAGCAGUUCCUAACGUUUCAGACAAAUUAUGGCAUCCUAUGGCUAAUGAAUCUGCUUCUAUGUCGAUACCAAUAUCGGCUUCAAUCAGCAAUUUUUUACCUAAAAGAAGAAACCGAAACAAUUCCGUUGUUUCAACAUCUUCUUUUGUUUUAGAUAAUAAAGAUGCCAAUAAAAAUGGGGUUUAUAAUUCAUUUUUAAACAAAAAAGUUGGUUCUAACAGAAUAUUUGAUAAUAGCUCGUCCUCUUUGAUAAGUGAUUCAGUUUCAGUUACAACAGUAUCUUCAGGUAGUGCAAAAAGUAUUGGUGAGAAAAUCAGAGCUCAAAAAAAGGCUGAAAAAUCAGAUUUUAACCAGUUUGAACUUAAAUAA